UUGUAAAGAGUAAAGAAGAGGAAGAUGAGAUGGAGGGAGAAGCUGAAGAUGAGGCUGUUACUGAUAACGAAACGGAAACACAUUUGAUCAUUUCAACAUCUGCGAGAAGUGCUCUGCAGCCAGCUGUAGUUGUCCUGAAGAGGCUCGGAAAGACCGAGAGUGACCAACAGUCCAGCUGCACACAGCAUUCACAAGAGAGUUGGUGUCAGCCGCUGGAUGAGGGAACACAGAGUGAAGAGGAGAUAUGGCACAACGGUUCAGCAAUAGACGACCCUUACAUCACAGCAGCCAUACAAACUGACACCUGCCAGAUGUCAGAGCAUUGUGGGAAAAAGGAGGAAGAACAGAAAAGAAAAGAGCAUCUUGACGUGUCAAGCUCUGAAGCCGACGUUCAACCCUCUGCAACUGUAAACGUCAGAGACGCAACCUCAAACACAGCGACCACACAGGACGAAAGCACAGAAGCAACGAGAGAUUCCACUAAACCUCCGAGAGCGCCGGUUGAUGACCCGGCUCACACAGGAGCCACAACCUGCGGCCGUGAUGAGGCACAAUUACACACAAGAGAUCCGCAAACAGCCCGAGCCUCAGACAAGGAGGGGGGUCCGUCCUCUAGACGCUCCGCUAGCAUUAAUCUGGACACACUGGAUCUUGAUCAAUUAAAGCGAGAGAAAAUAAAAAUGCAAAUGAAAGUUUUAAAACUACAAGAGGAAUAUUACACUCUGAAAAUUCAGGAAUUUAGAAAGUAAAGUUGUUUAUGUGAGUUUAAGUUGACAGUCAUUUAUGGAUGAAGUGGGACAAGCAUUCAUAAAUUCACACGUAUGGCUUUAUUAUAAAUGACAGGUUACUCAGGGAUCAUGGAGUUUACGGUUUACUGCUCCACCUCAAAAGACAGUAUGUCAUGUGAUUUUAAUGAAUUCACAAAAAGCAUUUGAUACUGUCUGGCAAGAAGCUGUGGCUCUGUAUCCAUCAGCAGUGAAACGGUUUUCUUCAUACUUACAAAUAUAUAUUUACA